AUGAACGUCUCAGCAACGGUCAAUGUCUUGAGACUGUUGGUCAAUCCAUCUCUGUGUCUGCCGCACCACUCAAUUGCAACUUUCGAUCAGCUUCCCGUACCUCUCUCAGCAGCCUUCGCCAGCAAGAAUGGCGAGAAGAAACCAGACAUCAGAGCGGUAGUGCUGGACAAGGACAACUGUUUUGCAGUGCCGAAGCAGAAUGAAGUCUAUCCUCCCUACCAGGCAAAAUUCGACGAGCUUCGCAAAGCUUAUCCUGGCUCACGCCUUUUAAUCGUUUCCAAUUCGUCUGGAACGUCUUCAGACAAAGGCUUCGAAGAAGCUGAUCUGCUGGAGAAGAACACUGGCGUCAAAGUACUCAGACAUGGCACGAAGAAACCAGGAUGUCAUGACGAGGUCAUGCAGUACUUUCGAAGCAAGCCUGAAACUGGCGUCAACAGUGAAUCGCAGGUCGCCAUCGUAGGAGACAGACUAUUCACGGACGUGCUUAUGGCGAAUAUGAUGGGGUCCUAUGGACUAUGGAUCAGAGAUGGCGCGGUGAAGGAUAACGGUCUUGUACGGGAAGCUCGAUUGUUCACGGAGACAUUGUGUACUAACGUUGUACCACAGCUCACGAAGAUCGAAAGAAAUAUUCAUGGUUUCCUGCUUCGACGAGGCUAUGUGCCACCCGUGCCCAGAAGUGACUUUGAGUGA